GGCAAUUUCUUUUCCUGCAGCGGCAGCAGGGACGGCUGCUGCAGGCUCGGGAUCAACCGGCCUGCGCGUGGGUGUGCGAGAGCGGCGUUGUCCCCCUGCGCUAAAAAGCCACGCAAAGAAGGGGAGAAGAAGAACAACGCACGCAGCCGGAGUGAGUGGAACUAGCAAAGCUCCAUCGAUCCAUAGAGGAGGAGAGGGGGAGGAGGCACGGCCGAAGCAAGUGAGCGGGCGCCUCCAAGCUGGGUGCCAUAGCACCCGGCUGCAGUGCCUCCUACCAAAAGCCAGUGCGGCCGGAGCUGCAGCGGCCAGACGGAUGCCAAGGCCACACGGCAGGCUCAGGGACAGUCGCUGCAGUCGCCGCCCCACGCGGGCUCCGGACAUCAGGGGUUGCUGAUUCUUCUGGACCACUGUGUUUCUGGUUAGAAUGAAAUAACAUGAUGAAAUAAUUGAGAAGAAAGAGUGAACACCUUCAUUUUGUAGACAGGACAACAUGGACCAGCCAUUUACUGUGAAUUCUCUGAAAAAGUUAGCUGCCAUGCCUGACCAUACGGAUGUUUCCCUCAGCCCAGAGGAGCGCGUCCGUGCCCUCAGCAAGCUUGGCUGUAAUAUCACCAUCAGUGAAGAUAUCACUCCGCGCCGCUACUUCAGAUCCGGAGUAGAAAUGGAGAGGAUGGCCUCAGUGUAUCUGGAAGAAGGAAACUUGGAAAAUGCCUUUGUUCUUUACAAUAAAUUUAUAACCUUGUUUGUAGAAAAGCUUCCUGGCCAUCGAGAUUACCAGCAAUGUGCAGUACCCGAAAAGCAGGACAUUAUGAAGAAACUGAAGGAGAUUGCCUUCCCAAGGACAGAUGAAUUGAAAAAGGACCUUUUAAAGAAAUAUAACGUAGAAUACCAAGAAUAUUUGCAAAGCAAAAACAAAUAUAAAGCCGAAAUUCUCAAAAAACUGGAGCAUCAGAGAUUGAUAGAGGCAGAAAGGAAGCGGAUCGCUCAGAUGCGCCAACAGCAGCUAGAAACAGAGCAGUUUCUGUUUUUUGAAGAUCAGCUCAAGAAGCAAGAAUUAGCCCGAGGUCAGAUGCGAAGCCAGGAAACCCCAGCGCUGUCUGAGCAGAUUGAUGGGAGUGCUUUGUCCUGCUUUUCCACACACCAGAACAAUUCCUUACUGAAUGUAUUUGCCGAUCAACCUAGUAAAAGUGAUGCUACUAAUUAUGCCAGUCACUCUCCUCCCGUGAACAGGGCCUUAAAGCCAGCUGCUACCCUAAGUGCUGUUCAGAAUUUAGUGGUUGAAGGACUGCGAUGUGUAGUUUUAUCAAGAGAUCUUUGCCACAAAUUUCUGCUACUGGCAGAAUCGAAUACAGUGAGAGGAAUAGAAACCUGUGGAAUACUCUGUGGAAAACUGACACAUAAUGAAUUUACUGUUACCCACGUAAUCGUGCCAAAACAGUCUGCAGGGCCAGACUAUUGCGACGUGGAGAAUGUGGAAGAAUUAUUCAGGGUUCAAGAUCAACACGAUCUCCUCACUCUGGGAUGGAUCCACUCUCACACAUCUGGGCCUGGUGUAGGGACAAGUCAUCCCACUGCCAUGGGAUGCUGGCCAUGAUAUCCAGGAUACAUCGUGGGGAACUUCAAGAACCCCUGACGAAUGAUAAGUGACCAUUUUUUUAUUUUACUUGCUUUAUCGAGAAGUACUGGGUACGGGCAGGACACACCCCCACAUCGAUACACACACACACACACACACAACACACACACACACACACUCACCAAGCAUUUGGUGUUCUCUAGUUUAAGAGGGUGGAGGAGACUUAACUCCCAGCUCCAUCUGUAAUUACCAUGUGCCCUUGGUCAGAACUCCUACACCUCCAUGUGCAGGUUCCCUCAUUGACCAGAUGAGGCUAAUGCAAGCCCUCUCUCCCUCACGAGCUUUGUGAGAGCUAUAAACAAGAUACCAGAUUUGAAAGCCUUUUGAAAAUUAUGAACUGUCUGUCACAUACAAGAAAUUAUUUAUAAGGAAGAGUUUACAAGCAUUUCCAUCUCUCUCUCUCUAUUUGUUUUACUUAACAGUAAGUAAUGUGCCUUACUGUUUGCUUAGAGGUUGCUGAAUUUUAAAGGCAUAGUUUAGUUUAACCUGAUUUUCUGUAAUAAGAAUGCAUUUUAAAGCAAAAAAAGAAAUUUUGGCAAAGAAAUUGUAACAUAAACUUAGAUAGAAUGUCAGGCCGUUAAAUUCAUUUACGUCGAAAAGUCCAUGUUAGUUUAAAGUUUUUCCCUUAUGACCUGUAUAUAUAAUGUAUGCAAUAAUGACAUUAAGUCAUUUAAAUAAUGACUUGGGCUUAAUUCUAGAAUUCCAGGAUUUUACUUUUUGUUUAUUUCACCAUAUCAAAUUGUUGUGGUUCAAUGAUAACAUUAAAAUGUUACAUGUCUAAACUUCAAUGGUUGUAAUGACUUUUUGUGAUGAUUUUUACUGACAUAGUAAUAGCAGCAAAUUCCAGAGCUAAUUUUUUUUUAGAUAUAAAUCAGUCACAGAAAAGACAGGCUCAAACAGAAACAGACAGAUCCAGAUUUGAGUUUAAACUUCCAGCUUAACUAGCUCUAUGACUCUUAGCUCAGUUUCCUCAUCUGCAAAGUGGGGAUAAUAAUAGUGGGGAUGAGAUAAUAAUGAUCUCAUCUUGUUGUUGUAAGAAUUAAAUGAGAUAAUUCAUGGGAAGUGAUUAGUUCAGUGCCUGACACAUGAUUUAGCUGCUAUAAAUGACAUCUGCUAAAAUCAUCCCCGUCAUCAUCAUCAUCAUCAUCAUCAUCAUCAUCAUCAUCAUCUCUAUUUCCUUAGAGGAGGUUGGGGGAAAGCACCAUUCUCCCAUGGGAGAGUUGCCCUCGUGGACUAGAAGUGAUUCCUCUUGGCAGAAAUGAAGGGCUCAGAGUGUCUUGUGGUGUGUAUUCCGUCUGGAAAGACACACGGGCAGAGUGAUUUGUCUGUUUCACAAUCCGCUUGCAGCAUCCACAGCACUAGAGUUCCUCUGGACACUCCUUAUUUUCUCACCACAACAUAGAAGGCUCUAUGUACUAAGAGACAGUUUCCACAGAAUCAGAUAACAGGCAAUCAGACCCUUCCACUCAUGCCUUCACUAAAGGUUUGGGUUCUAAACAUUAGGAUACUUUCCAUUCCUCAGUUGAUCUACAUCUUUGUAGACCAAGAGUUAUGUUUUCCUUGCAGGGCAUUUAUCUUUCUGUAAAUAGAUAUUAACAGAUUUUAUCUUAUUCUAGUAAAUAAAGUAGAAAGGAGUUUUAAAAGCUUACAUUUCUUCAACAAACCAUGGUUGUAUGUAAAGGUGUGAAGCUAUUUCUAUGGGCUUGUGGCCUUUAAUUAAUAAUAACGACACGAAAAUAACAACAGCAAUAAGAGCAACUAAUGGUUUUGAUCUUAGUAUGUGCUAAGCACUGUUCUAAGAAUUUUAUAUUUUCAUAAGAAUCCCAUGAAGAAAUAAUUAUCCCUAUUUUACAUUUGAUGAAAUGGGCAUGAGUUGGUUAGGGAAUCUUCACAGUGUCAUAAAGUUAGUGAGUGAUGGAGGCAGGACCCAGACAGAGCAUGCCCGGGACCUAGGCUUCAUGAUUUAAAUGGUCACGUUCCUUGUUCAAGGAUAAUCAGGGUUGACUGAAUUUUAAAUUCAUGGGUGCAUGUAUUUUUCAUACGCAGGUAUGAGCCUCUGUUGAGUCUCUCAUAAACACAAGUUUGUACAUAGCCCAAAACCUAGAAGAUAAUUCUUUUAAUGGAUAGUCUCCUCUCCCUGCUCAUCAUGUGGGUAUUUACUUGCCAUGCAAGAUGAGUCCCAAACACCUUCAACAACUUGGAGACUUUGAUUCGCUCAUUUGUAGGGGAUGGUGAUCCACAAAAAGAUACACAGCACUUUGUGGUAAAUUUGGUGAAAACUUUCCUUUUUGACCAUGGGUUGGUAUAAAGAAUCUUUGGGUUUCUAGUCCCAGCUCUGCUCCUGACCUGCUAUGUGGCAAGUUGCUUAAAGGAGCCUGAGGAUCCUUGUAGGUAAAGUUGAGAUACUAAUAUAAAUAUGUCCUAGAUGACGUGUGAUGAUUAAACGGGGAUCUAAUUAAAGCCUCUGGCAAAUUGAUUUCCAGUUCUGUCUUUCUCAAUAAGCAGAAAGGACAUGAACACUCCCAAGAACCUCUUCUCAAAGUCAUCGUUACUCCAAAGAUGCAAAGAGAGAAGGAGUUUUUUAGCAAGAGAUUUUUAAAAAUCCGUAUUUGAUUAAUGAUGGUAAAAAAAAAAAAAAAAAGGAAAAGGAAAAGCAAAUAACUAGAGUUUUCUCUUAGAGUGGGUUGUGGCCUUGGCUAAGACUCAGCUACCCCAAUAAGAUUGUUCUCUUU